UUUUCUUAUUUUUAAUUUAAAUUACAAUUCGAUGAAUUGACUAUUCCUGAUUAGUACAAUAACUACCACAAUUCUGUAAAUUUACGAAAAUUAGCUAAUUAGUGUAAUUGCCAAGUGAAACGUCAAAAAGAAAGUUGUUCUUCUAGAAAAAACACCUCAAGUAGUGGAGAAGGGGCAAUAAUAAACUUUUUAUCUAGUUUAUAUUUUCAUUAACGUUGUCAAUACGCAUGACAAGACACUUUUCAAUAAUUUGCUCAAAGUUCAGUCGACUAAAUUAGUGAGCGUUGUCGUGUUGCUAAACCAUAAUUUCGCCAAAAAAUGGGUGAUCUAAGAUUUGAUGGGAGAGUGGUCGUGGUCACGGGGGCUGGAGCUGGGCUAGGCCGAGCCUAUGCCCUUUUAUUUGGCUCUCGGGGGGCCAAAGUUGUAGUCAACGAUUUAGGGGGCGGUAGACAUGGUGAUGGUAAAUCAUCAAGUGCAGCAGACGCUGUGGUUGAAGAAAUUAAAAGGAAUGGGGGCACAGCAGUUGCCGAUUACAAUUCGGUUGUUGAUGGAGAAAAGGUCAUUAAAACGGCGCUUGAUAAUUUCGGACGUGUUGAUGUUUUGAUUAACAAUGCGGGGAUUUUGAGAGACAAGAGUUUUGCGAGAAUAUCUGACCAGGAUUGGGAUUUAGUUCAUGCGGUGCAUUUGAAAGGCAGUUUUAAGACCACUCAAGCUGCCUUUCCCAUUUUUAAGAAACAAGGGUAUGGGAGAAUUAUAAUGACUUCUUCAAAUUCUGGACUUUACGGUAAUUUUGGUCAAGCGAAUUAUUCCGCUGCUAAAAUGGGUCUUGUUGGUUUGGCCAGUACUAUUGCAAUUGAAGGGGCAAAGAAUAAUAUUCAUUGCAAUGUCAUUGUUCCAACAGCUGCGAGUAGACUGACUGAGGAUAUUUUGCCACCUGAUCUCUACGCUGAACUCAAACCGGAGCUAAUUGCACCUGUUGUGGCCUACUUAUGUCACGAAAGUUGCACCGAAAACGGCUCUAUAAUUGAAUCAGCGGCUGGUUGGGCCGGAAAGUGCCAAAUAAUUCGUUCAAAUGGUAGUCUUUUACGUACGAAAAUCACUGACGGUGUUUCGGUUGAAAACGUUCGUGAUAAGUGGCAAAAAGUCACUUCAAUGUCCAAUGCUGAACAUUUGGACUCAAUCCAAGAAGCUACUGGUGCUUUGAUGACGUCACUUGACAGUCUUCGGUCAGGUGAAGUCAAAGACGAAGAAGUUGACGUUUAUAACUUUACCCAGAAAGAUAUCAUCUUGUAUGCACUUGGAGUGGGCGCGUCUUUGAAAAAUCCAAACGAACUGAAAUUUAUCUACGAAAACGACGAAGAUUUUAGUGCCUUACCGACAUUUUACAUAAUGCCGGCAAUGCAAGCAAUGUUCACUUCUUCCAAACUUGAGUCAGCAAUUCCCGGAAAAACGGUCAGCUUAGCUCAGAUUUUACACGGCGAGCAAUAUAUCGAGUUUUUGGGAGAAGUCCCCAAAGAAGGAAAAUUAUUUUCAAAGAACUCAAUCGUUGAAGUUUUGGAUAAGGGAUCGGGAGCUGCAAUCGUUCAAAACAUUGAAACGUUUGACGAGCAAGGAAAUUUACUAAUCCGCAACCAAACUGUCGCUUUUGUUGUGGGUGCUGGCAAUUUUGGUGGUUCUAGAACUGGUACUAAAGCAAUCCCUUGCCAAAGCAAGCCACCCCGAGUACCUGAUUUGAGUCUCACUGAUAAAACUACAAUUGAUCAAGCUGCCCUCUAUCGGCUUUCGGGUGAUACAAACCCGCUUCAUAUUGAUCCGAAUAUGGCAGUGGUGGCUGGAUUUAAACAACCGAUUUUGCACGGUUUAUGCACUUUGGGAUUUUCAAUCAGGUUGUUAGUGAGGGCUUAUGCUGGUGGUGAUCCAAGUUUUGUUAAAGCUUGCAAGGCCAGGUUUAUGAAACCGGUGAUUCCCGGACAAACGCUCAGAGUUGAUUUUUGGAGGGAAGGCAGUAGAAUUCAUUUCGAGACAAGUGUUGUAGAGACAAAUACGGUGGUGAUAGGAGGAGCGUACGUUGAUUUGAAUUCGGUCAAAGUAAUGGAACCAAUCAACAAUUCCGUCUCGGCUCCUGCCUUGGAAAGUGAUGCAGUUUUCCAGUUUAUAAUCGACCAAGUGAAAGCCGAUCCGAAUAAAGCCAAGUCAAUUGGAGGAGUAUUUUUGUAUAAAAUCACCAAAAAUGGCAAAGAAGCCAAACAAUGGACAAUGGAUUUGAAAAACGCUAAAGUUUACGAGGGGGCGCCUGAGGGUAAACCAAGUACCACUUUGACCAUUGCCGAUGAAGAUUUUAUGCUUCUGGCACAAGGGAAGUUGCAACCACAAGCCGCUUUCAUGAAGGGAAAACUCAAAAUUACCGGAAAUAUCAUGCUGGCGCAGAAAUUGGCUCCAAUUCUCAAAGCCAACGCCAAACUGUAAUUUGGUUUUGUGUACGAGGCACAUUCCGUUUUUUGUGUCACUGGUUUAUAUUUUUUAUGUAUGGUGAAUUGUGUAUAAUUAUUUUAAGUUUCAAAAGUUUUGUAUUCUGUUAUUGUGGACUUGUUUAAAUAUAUUUCUUUACCAAACGA